CGACGGAUAGCACAACGUGAAUUCCUCUAGACAUGGCAGAUCUCCUCAUUGGAGGAGUCAGCCAUAUGGAAAGGAAGGAAGGAAUUCCUCUAGACGCGUUGUUCCAUUGGUUGACAGUUCGUGAGGAACGUGCGUUUAUCGGUGAAGGAUUCAGUAAUGUAUAAGUUAUAUUAUGACAAAUGGAUUCGGAGGUGAAAGUGCGCCGAUCUCUACCGCCUCUCGUAGAGGGCAAAAUACACGGGUAUCUUCAACUUAUAGUUGACGAGAUCGUCUGGUGCAGAAGAAGUCCUGGAGACGUUGCUGUACUAGCUUCCUGGUGGGGUGAACUCGAUAGUGCUCAAUUCAGACCAGUUGAUAUUAAAACAGGCUCAACCAGACUUGAAGAAGAAGUUGUAGAGACUUACACCAUUAGAACAAAUAUUAAUUUAUUUGAAGAAUACAUCAGCAAUUGUGAGACUAUUGAGUUAGUGAUAAUUUCUGAAAAUACGCACCAAGUACUUGGAACAACUCAUGUAACUGCAUUACAAGAUAUCUUUGGAGCAAAGUUAUACUCGAGAUAUUUUCCAAUUUUGAACAACACUGGAAACAGAGUGGGUGACAUACAUGUGGCUAUUAAAUUGCUAAAUAUGACUAAGCUCCCUAAAACUACUGCAAAAGAAAAAAACCUAUGGAAACAUCAUUUCGAGAAGGACAAUUUAUAUUUGGGUACUGAUUCUGUUUUAAAAGAUUCCAAAAGAUGUAACAGAGACACUUCAGUUUUAUACUGCAAAUCAGGUAGCCCACUUGCUAUUAAAAAUGCAAAGCAAAAUGAAAACACAUAUAAAUCAAUCUUGAAAGGUAAGAGAAUGACAGUAGAAGAACCUUCUAAAAAAUUCAAUAUGGAAGUAACAGAUAAACUUGUUGCACAAGUGGUAGCUAGAGCCCAAAGACUGCGAGGUGUUAUUCUCAAAGAGACACAUAAUGAAGAUCUUCUAGCUCUUAGUGAAUGUUCCACUUUAGAUAGCUUUCAUUCAGACAGUUCUGUAGAAAACGAGGCAAAGCUCUAUGAAUAUUUUUUGGGAAAAAAAAUGAGCCAUCAUGACGAGCGCAAAGCUUUGGAAACUCUGAGGUCAAUGUCACCCUCUCCAAGCCUACUUAAUUUGGCUUCGGAAACAAUAGAAUCUUGCAAGAAUAAUAAAAUUCAAGAGUUUAAGAAAGAUACUAGCCAAGUUACAAAAAGUGAUCCAAUUUUAGAGGAAAUAUUCUCCAGAGAAACAAUUCAUUCAAUACCAAAAGAACCAUCACCUUUAGAACAUGUGGACUGUCUAAAGAUUUUCAUAGAGUCACUUACCCUAAGUUCAGCUGGUUACCGAAGAGUGAAAUCCUCCUGUCUCUUCCGUGGUGAUGGUGUACCACUAUCGGUAACUUAUUUCAUACAGUAUGAUACUGCAUUCAUAAGGGCGAAACAGCCAUCCAGGCAAUUUGAGAGUCACAGACCUACAAAACUUUGUUCAAAAAAGCAAAUUGGUCAAGUUGUUUACUUCAAUCAUCAAGCUAUAUACGAUAUAUCACAAUCCUGUCUGUCCACGGAUCUGCCCUUGAAAUUCAAAAUAUUUAUCCGACACUUAAAUCAAAGAACGCCUACAGAACUUGGCGUGGGUUCCAUCUAUAUAAACGAAGUGGCCAAGACUGAAUACUUGAGUAUGAUACAGAAAUUAGCCAUUGUGAAUAAAGGAAUUAAAAUAGGGGAGCUCAAAGUUUCUGUAGAAUUGGGAUGUGAACGUAUUCACUUUGGAAAGCACUUUGUGGAUGCCAUAAAUUCUACGAAGGAAAAUAUUCCAAUUCUGGAAGUACCUUCCUCGGUCAACUUGGCCACUGACAGGUAUAGAACGGCCACAGGAACGGAAUCAAAAACAAACAGCAGAGCCACGUCAGCAUCAACAAAGCAAAUAGAUUGCAGAACUAAUGAGAAUAAUUUAACAGUGGAUAAUAGGAAAGACAUAACUGAAAGGAAGAAACAAAAUGGAAGCGACAGAACGAUAGGCAUUGAGACUCCUGGAGAAAAUUACAAGGAUAAGGUUUUAUUACAUGGUUUAAUAUAUAUUGCUGAGGGUAAGGAUUUACCGCAAUCAAAUACUUACCUUAUCUGCCGUGCAUUUUGGAGAGAAGAUAGAGCUGCUAGUCGUCUUUGCAGUAAUACGGAUAAUCCAUUUUAUCACUUUCAUCAACUUGUUCCUUUACUUCAUGGUCCUGACGUCCUAGAACGUACAAAAGAUAAUUGUAUUGUGACAGAAGUAUACAGUAGAAGUAAUGCAGGAGUAGAUAGUCUCCUAGGAAUAGCAAAACUGCCAGUUCAUCAACUUUACGUUGCUUAUAGAGAUCCAUUAGUACUGCCGCAUCUGUUACUAUCGAAGUAUCCAGUAAUCAGUGUUGAUGGAUGGGUUCCUGUUGCGGAUCCAGUAACAGGAAGAUCUUGCGGUCAAUUAUUAGCCCUGGUAGCUCUUGGUACAGCCGAUCAGAUUGCACUAUUAGAGAUGACAAGAGGUCUUAGAGAGUGUAUAGUGACACCACGUACAAUUCAUAAUUGUACGAGCAAUCCAAAUCAUCGUUCAGCCAAUCUUCAGGGAGAUCCUGAAGAAGCACACGACGCUAGAGCAACGAAUUAUAAUCAAGGAGUUUACACCGACGACAAUUUAAUUAUAAAUAACAGAGCCACCAACAUGCAAAAUUUUAAGAGUCAAGAAUGCCAGACGGAAAUCAGCACCGUAGACGUGUUCAAUGGUUGCAGCGUUCUUAACGCAGAGAGCAGUGGAGGCCAGACACAAAAUUCUGUCCUUCAUGCUCUGGUCGACCGAUUGGCCCAGGCCUUAAAUGUUCCUAAAACCGGGACUAAUCAAACUGUAAAAACACAGACUGGUAAUUUUCGUGAAAUUAAAAGAAACGAUGGUAUUGAGACUCUCUGUUUGAAUCCGUCGAGUAACAACAGCAUCUCUGAUAACAGCAGCGACGGAAGUCCUAGGGAUAACUUUCAAAUGCCUACUGAAUUAUACAGAAGCGUUGGCGUUGGUGCUGAGUUUGAUGAAGCAACGAACCUAGCACCUAGUACAAGCUAUGGAGUGUCUAUGCCAAAUCCAAUAUCUACAACACAACCUGCGGGUGAUGAGCAAUUGGAUGCUGACGCACAAAACUAUGAAGAUCCAUCGUUUAGGGCCGUGGUCGAGGUAGAGUGCGCUCUUCAUUUGCCAAAGGUUGAGAAACCAGAAGGCACCUAUGAGCCUAGUACUUACGUCACGUUUCAAAAAGUACAAUCUGGCUACUCCAGCCAAUUCGGCUCAUACAUCAUAACUAAUGUGUGCGUUAACAGUUGCAAUCCAAAGUGGGAAUGGAGAUGCGACACUAGAUUACCUACAGAAUUGCUGGUGAAUGACGAAAAGAGAUUAAUUCUAAAAGUGUGGCGCUUGUCUGACCCCCAAAUAAGUACUACAGUCGAUUUGGAUAAAGAUAUAGUCAUUGGAUUCUCUGCUAUUGAUUUAUCCGUCCUUACGGCCGGAUUUCCAUUAGUAUCUGGAUGGUUUCAUAUAAUGGAUUUCACUGGGAAGUGCAAUGGUCAAAUAAAGGUCAGCGUAACACCACUGGAUAAUAUUUCAACUUUUGGUAAAUCAACUUCCACAACAAGUAUAACAAAAACACAACUAGCUGAUCCAUUACAGCCAAAUUUGCUCCCACCCCGCGAGCAAAAUAUAACGCUGAACAGUGCUACAGUCAAUAAUCUAGUAACAUCUUGUAAUCAAGAAGAUAUUGAGAAAUUAUCGACUAAUCACAAUCAAGUGGAUAUAGAUACUAUGGCGGACAUAGGACUUGAACUUGGUGGUGCAUCCAUGUCUUUCUUAUCCCUUUCUCUAAAACAAAAAUUAACUGAGCUUGAUGAAAUCACAAAGCGAUUACAGUCGCGCUUACAUGACGUUACUAACGCACCGUUUGACGACGACUUUGAAAAUGACUUUGAUCCUAAUGAACCAGAAAUGGAAGUCGAGAACAAUGAAAAUGGAAAUGUCCAAAGUAUCACUACGCUGAGUGGUUACCAUAAUAAUGAACUGUGGCAAUCAGUUUCCACAAGAAAUACUCAAUCUCCGGAUCGCAAUAUUACGGCGAAUAUUAGUCGUACACCCACGGAAUUUCAAGAUAUUCAAUCUCGAUCAGUCGCCCAGAUAUUGAGCGACAAUAAUACCAUAAGUUUCGAUGGAAAUCUAACAGACACCGGUUACUCUACUAGUUCAAAUCUACGUUCUAGCCAGAAUCUAUCAAAUGGUAAUCACAUGCAACAAAUCCAAACGCACCGUUACUCAAACGAAUCUUUAUGCGAAAACCACAGCGAACAUCCAACAAGGGGAACGAAGACUCAUAUAAGUCAUUUAUUGGAUAAAUUAUCAUCCCAAUUAACUGCGGCGCCACCUCCUUCCGGUAAUUUCACCAUGAAGAGAAACAUAAUAGAUCUGAUAUCGAGUUUGCGUCACAACAACAAUAACUUUCAGAACGAUGCUAAAUGCAAUCAGGAAGUUAACGUUCGCACUGUGCCUACGCAAGCAGAUGCUGGAGAAUCAGAAAAGAGCACAAGAAAUAAAUUAGCAAUAUUACAGAAUCAAGGGACAAGCAAUGUUCGUGAUAGCAACACGACAACCAAUUCAUCAUUGAAUGAGAAGUCUCAUAAAAGAAGUCGAGUAUCAGCAUUGAUCCGCGAGGAACUUGUUACCGAAGAGAACAACGACGCUACGGAAUGUGAUGAUUUAACUACACAUCUUAUAACAUCUAAUGUACGGCACAUGGACUUGGAUAGCAUCUUUAAUCCUUUGUUAUAUCCGCAUCUAAUACCAGAUGUUCAGAUAGAUAGUGCCGUAUCUAUACAGUCGAGCAUGAUACAAGAUUUUCAGAACCUUAAUUCCACUCCCGAAGGAGAAGCUGUUGAGCAAUUGGAUAACAGAUAUACACAGACCUUUAAUGCAACUCUGAAUAAUGGAUUGAGCAGAAUAAGAAACUUAGUAGAGCUUGAUACGUCAUUAAUGAGUGAAUCAGCCAGCCACACUAGAGUGCGGAGAAGUUCAUUGGACACUCCAGACAAUAUGGAAAUUUUCAGAUUGACUCCUUCUGGAAUAUCAGAAAAUAUUGAUGGUAAUAUUGACAUAACGGUUAUACAUAAGCCUACAUGUGAUGAGUUGAUGGCUAGCAAUAGUACAGACUCCACAACGACUAUCUCCAUGGAGAAAUCAUCGGCUAGUCAAACGCGCGUCGAUGUUGAUGACGCCAGUUCUUUGAGCUCGGAGUCCUUAGUUUCUGCAGUGUCUAGGCAGGCGCCUGAUGGCGGCAAUCCUGUUGAGGAAACUGGGAAACCGUCCAUGGUAAACUGUCAAGACGCCCUGCAAGAUUCUUCGUCAGAUAGUUAAGAGUAUUAUAAAGUUUAUUUAAUGUUUUGAUAAUAUCUUUCUAAUGAUUUAGUUUGUGGAUUCCUUUUUUUCUUUUUUUAUAAACAAUAACUCAAUCCUCAAUGGUUCGUCUAACCUUCGAUAAUUUGUAUCUAUGAAUUCUUUAGUAACUCAGGUACUUAAGUAUUUGGCAGUUUUAUUUAUGAAAACAAUGCACAAGGUACUUUAAGUACUUCAGAUCUAUUGUUGCUUUCAUAAAAUGUAGUGCUCCUCUUGAAGAUGUGCACAAUUUUGUAAUAUAGAUUUUAUUCGCACAUGACUAAUGGCUCAGUAAAUUUUUAUUUUGGUUAUUAUUGAAAUCUUUGUAGCAGUACAUACAUUUUCAAAAUUUCAAACUCCGCAGAUACUAAUCUGUAAGUGAAUGGAAAGCUAUUUCUUAGUCAAAAGUUCUCAUCUUGUGCAUUGUUGGUAUUCAUCUUUUCAGAGAUUGAUGAAAAUAAUCAUAUUUUAUUCUUGAUGGAUAUAUUAGGUAAUGAAUAUUACAUAUUUCCAUUAAAGCAACCUCGCAUAUAAAGCUAUCUUGAUGCAUUGCCUAUACUCUUGAUAUGCUCAUACUCUGUAUACACAUGUCAGAAGUGCUCGCAUUCUCUUUUUACUGACUGACUACCGCCUAUACGUAAUUAAUGAUAUCAGGUGUAUAAAAAAAUACAGAAAUACAAACGCUAUAAACAUUAUUCUAUUAUUCUAGUUUAUCAAUCACAAGAUAUACGUAUAUAUUAUUUGAGGCAUUUACUGUGUAUGUAAUCAUAUGUCGAUAUUUUUAUAUAAUCUUUCUGUAAAUAGCAGCUCAAAUAGGUAUAUAUCAUAGGAAUAGAACAAUAUAUUGUAAUGUUGUUCAUGAAGAAUAAUAAUAAAUAUGACAUGUAUUACAA